AAAUAAAAUUCAUAAACAUAACUACCAUUAUUGGGAAGAAAAUUAGAGUAAAUGUAUCAUGAUUUAUUAUUAAUAUAAUAUUAGAUGUCAAAGUUGUUAAGUUUACGAAUUCUUAACUAAUAAUAUUGUACCCCAGCGUCAUCGGUCAGAAAUGGCUCCAAACUUAAGUAAAAAUACUAUACUCAAAGGAUGUGUUUCUUCUGAUUUCUUUUGUUUGGUCUGUGAGACAUAUUUUACAAGCUCAGUUCAGUGUGAAGAACAUAUAUCUGGAGCAGAUCAUAAGGAAAAAAUGCAUUCUGUCAAAUAUGUUGAAGAAUUUAAAGAGGAUUUCAUAGUAAAGAUAAAAACUAAAUAUUUCUGUGAAUUGUGCAAUAGAUUAUUGCCUGUAUUUGCAAGAGUUACGAUGCACAUAGAUGAACCAUCUCACAUUAAAGAAAAGUAUGUUGGGUGGCUUAAAAGAAUUGAUAAUGUUGUCGUUGCAUUUGACAGUCUAAUUGUGGAUGAUACUUCAUGGCAAGGGCUUGGUGAUAAUUCGUGUGCUAUUUGCAACAUGGAAUAUAAAGAUGAGGAUGCACAUAAAAAUUUACCUACCCAUAUGCUUAACUUAAUUCAAUCAGAAGUAAAAUUUGAUAAAAAUAAAAAUGUUUAUAGAAAGGUCGAUGAUCAUUCCAUCCAUUGUUUGACUUGUAACCUGAUGAUUCAAACUUUAGACACAAAUCAUUUUGAUUCACCUCAACACAAACAAAUGGUCCAAGUUGCCUCUAAUGACUAUAAAGCAUUGAAACAGGAAAAUGACAAAUCAGAUGUACAUGAUUCAAAGCUUAAAAACAAUGAUAUAAAUGCACCAGAAAAUGAUUUAGCUCAGCAAACUGUAGUUGAUACAUUUGCAUUGAAUAAUCAGGUUUCAGAACUAUUAGACUCUAAUUCCAUAAAUACUACAGAUUUUAUUGAAAAUUCCAAAAUAAAACCUACAUAUGUAGAUGAUAACAAAUCUAAAGAAGAGGUUUGUGAUUCGGUAAUGGAUGUUUCUAACGCUAAAGAGCAUGUUAAACGUCUACAUCAUAAAACUAUUUUAGACAUGCACAAAAAAUGCGAGCAAAAUAAACAAAUGAAAAAUUCAACCCCCGUUGAUGAUGACAGUGAACAACAGAAUAGGACUGGAACCGUACUGGACUCUGUCGACAAAUUACAAAGUAAUGGUGUUAAUAUAAACUUUGAAUCACAAACAGCAGUUUCUAAAAUAUGUUCAAUGAAUCUUGAUUUUGAUCAUGAAGCCAUAAACAAACACAAAAAACAAUUCAAGAAAGGAAAAAAGUCUGUGCAGUUUAAGUUAGGGGAUGUUCCUGAAAAAAAAGAGACCUUAGUUUCUAGUCCAGUAGUUGUAAAGCCCGAGUUUCUGAAAAAACCAUUUGAAGAAAAUAGUUCUAAAUCAGAAGAGGUAGAGAGGGGUAAAGAUUUAAAUAAUGCCGUAUCCAUUCCAACUCCACCACAUAUUGAAACUCCUCCAAGUCCAAAAAUAAAGAAAACAAAAGAAACCACUCUAGAAAAGAUACCAGCCAAAGAUUUCAUUAAAACUAUAGUUGCUGCGAAAUAUUCUAUAUUCAAAGAUGUUAUUAUUAAUAACAAGUUUUGUGUGAAUCACUUUAGUUUUUGCUUCAUAAAAUUCCUUGUAGACCGGGUAACAAUGAACUGUUUCAUUUGUGAUAAAAACAUUUUGUACACUGAAUUUGAGUCACACAAUGACAAUCAAAAUCACGAGAGAGCCAUAAGCGAUGCACUUGUUCUAACACAAUGCGAUCAAGAAUUUAUUAGAGAGAUGAGACCUGGAUGUUUUCAUUGUGGUUACUGCAAUGUCUUCCAAACCUCCUGGUUUGAAAUGGAAAAGCACCUGAAAACAUCAUUUCAUAUUGAUUGCAAAAACGAAGCUUUUUGGCGCCUCCAACAAUACCAACCAGAGAUAUCAAAGAAUACGGAUUGUAAGAUAGUAGUAGACAACCUGUAUACUAGUAUGCUUACAGUGAAAUUCCUUUGAUAAUAUGUAAUUUAUUUAGU